CUCUACUCCAGGGCUUUAAAGAACCGAACUCCCAGGGAACGCAUCAGAGAAGAGGAAGAAUAUGAUCCUUUCUGGCAAAGGUUGGAGAAUGUUGCCAUGUGACGUAGACCUAGAGUGUUGAUUUAUCCCCCUUAGGAGUUAUGGACAGUCCUAGAUAUGUACCUGGGGCCAAGCAUCUGGCAAACACCUCCCCUGGAUCCUUCCUGCCUCCUUAUGGUGCAAUAGUUGGAGUAUUGCUUCACUUCUUUGUUUAUUUCAUAGCCAUACUUUAUAGCUCUGCAAAGAAGCUAUUUCCCAAAAAGGGUGAAUGUAAAGUGAGAAAACUAGAUGCUCCCCCACACUGUGGACUUCAUUGCUGCAAGGAUGGCCCCAUAAGAAAUGGCCAUAUUGGGCAACGGCCACCUUCCAUCAAUCCUGAAAGACUGAAAGAUUUUGGCGAGGAAGAUUACUUAAAUGGGGGAGUGAAGACAUGGGAAAUGAAGAUAAUUAGCCAUAACGAGGAACUGCUAAGAGACUCGGUCAUCCGUCCAGAUAGGAUUCGCUUGCCGACCAACAAUAAAUUUAUUAGAUUUGAAGAUAUCAGCGCAGCAGCUUUCAAAAUCCAGUGUGGAGUCCAAAAAACACCCUGUAUGUAUUCUAGGCUUUCAAAGCAGUAUGGAAUGGACAUAUAUCUAAAGAAAGAGUUCCUUCAGUACACAGGAUCUGUGAAGGAGCGGGGUGUGCUUUACCUUCUGAUGUCUUUACAACAGGAUCAGCAAAGAAAAGGCGUGAUCGUUGCCUCAGACAGUAACUUCUCCAUGGCAGUAGCAUUUCACGCCUCGGAGCACCAAAUUCCUGUGUUUGUCAUCAUGUCUACCAGCACCUUGCCAGCUAGAGUUAAAAUGUGCCGCGACUAUGGUGCCAUGGUCAUUUCCUAUGGCUCUACAAUGAGAGAUUCACAGCUGCAUGCCAGGAGGCUAGCACAAGAAAAUGGCUACCUGUAUCUCGAAGAAGCAGACAGCGCUGUCUAUCUGUCAGGGCUGGGGACCAUGGGACUGGAAAUCUAUGAACAGGUGCCAAAACUGGAUGCAGUGAUAUUCCCGGCAGGACCCCACUGUGGAUUGCUAGCGGGCUCAGCUGCUGCACUGAAACAUCUGAACCCACAUAUUUCUGUGGUUGGUGUAGAGUCAGAGAGUUUCCCUGUAUUGCAACAAUCAUUAAGGAUUGGCCAUCCUGUGGAAGAUCAGGCUCGCAGAAGCCACCAUUUUUACAGAGAAGUGAGCGGACCUUGUUUUGGCACCAACUCUUUGCAGCUGACUGGAAAAUUUGUUGAUAAGGUUGUAACAGUGAGGGAAGAGGACAUUUUGAUUUCCAUGCUGAGGUUACUGGAGUACGAGCGUGCCACUGUCGAUGCUGAAGGGGCCAUUGGACUUGCAGCUCUGGUCGCUGGGAAGUUGCCGGAAUUAAAAGGCAAAAGAGUGGCUGUUGCUAUAUGCAGUGGUAACCUGGAACUUCCCUUGAUGCGACAGUGCAUUGAUCGUGCCCUCACCCUUGACAACAGAGUGUGUAAAUUCUCCAUCUUGAUCUCUGACUGUCCAGGAGAUAUUUCCAAGCUACUGGAGAUCUUGGCUCAGGAAGAAGUCAGAGUGUUGGACAUCAAGCAAGAACACAUGUAUAAGACAUCAGAUCUGUUUACCAGCGAGGUCACCUGCAUUGUAGAGACUAGAGACAAAAUCCACACUGCUCAGUUAAAAAACGCCCUCUUAGACCGCUACCCGUUGAUGACAUGGAUGGAACAUUGAUGAGCAAAGUCGAUUGAAAAGCUCCAAGA